GGCCCGGCUUCCGGCUUCCCGGGAGCCCCCGCGGCCGCAGGAGGGAGAGGGCGGCCAUGGCGUUCUGCGGGCCGGGCGCCUACCUGACCCACCAGCAGAAGGUGUUGCGGCUUUACAAGCGGGCCCUGCGCCACCUGGAGUCGUACUGCGUCCACAGGGACAAAUACCGGUACUUUGCUUGUUUGAUGAGAGCCCGGUUUGAAGAACAUAAGAAUGAAAAGGACAUGGUGAAGGCCACCCAACUGCUGAGGGCGGCAGAGGAAGAAUUCUGGCACAAUCAGCAUCCUCAGCCUUACAUCUUCCCCGAGUCUCCAGGAGGCACCUCUUAUGAGAGGUACGAGUGUUACAAGGUUCCCGAGUGGUGCUUAGAUGACUGGCAUCCCUCCGAGAAGGCGAUGUAUCCUGAUUACUUUGCCAAGAGAGAGCAGUGGAAGAAGCUGCAGAGAGAAAGCUGGGAGCGGGAGGUGAAGCAGCUGCAGGAAGAAACCCCGCAUGGUGGUCCCACCACUGAAGCUUUGCCCCCAGCCCGAAAGGAAGGUGAUUUGCCUCCCCUGUGGUGGCACAUUGUAACCAGGCCCCGGGAGCGGCCCAUGUAGAGGAAGAGGAAGACACCGCACCAGUCAGCUUGCAAGUGAAAUAAGUUACAGAACGUAACACACUUGCCCUAAUAAAAAUAACUCAACACGG